GAGAGAGUGAAAUUACAGGAGAGGAGGGAAUCAUAUAUAUGUUUCAGUCUUCAUCGACUGUGAGACCGAAACAAUGAGAGAGAUGUCGAAUGGAUUUCUGGAUCUCGUCGAGGACGACAACUUCCUUUCUCAUGUAGCCGCAGUAGAAGAAACCCUAGCGGCGUCGUCAGGGGCCGCCAACAAGCGCCGUAAACUCACAACAAUCGAUUACCGCUCGAAUGCGAAGGGCAGUCAUCACGGUAGCGAUGGGAAGGUGGUCGAGGGAGCCUACAUGGCCGCUCUCAAGGGUAGCAAGAGCCAACUCUGGCAACAACAACAAAGCAAUCUCAAUGUGAAGAGUAAUUACAAUAGUAGCUUCCAAAGCAAGGUAACAUCUGAUUAUAAUGGCUCGGACGGCGGUGGUGUUGGUACAGGAGGAUCGGAAGUGUUGAUUCCCGACAAGAAUUGUCCAUGCGGACUCGGCGUGUGCUUGGUUUUGACCGCGAAUACUGAAAGAAAUCGGGGUCGAAAGUUCUACAAAUGCGCCGUCAGACAGGAGAGUGGGGGCUGUGGUUUUUUUGAGUGGUGUGAUAGUGGCUCUGGAACGAAUAACGCGAUAGGUUCUACUCGGAGUUAUGCUCCUAAUUCUUCAUUCCCAGAUGUUCCUUGCCCCUGUGGUGCUGGCUCUUGCUUGGUUCUGACUGCAAAAACAGGGAAAAAUCUCGGUCAACAAUUCUACCGUUGUCCUGCUGGGCAGGGAAGUUGCGGUUUCUUCAAGUGGUGCAAUGAUCAUAGAGUGGCAGCUGUGGAACCUGUCGCUGCCUCUAGGGUUUACAACAACAACAACAACAUGAAUGACUCCAACAACAGUAGCCGUGGCAUGAGAACUGGGUCAGCCUGUUUCAAAUGUAGCAAGGAGGGCCAUUGGGCAAAAGAUUGUCCCAGUUAGUCAUCUGAUUCUCCUGCUGAGCUUGGAGGAGAUACCUCUAUUCUCUCCAAUGAGUUCGCAGUCUUCAACAAGAAUUUUACAAAACGUAUCUCGCUGAACGUGCCCUAAAACCUGCAAGCAACAUUUUCUGUGGCCAGACAUAAGAUGUGUACAAUUUCUCACCCUCAAUUCCAGCUUGUACCUAAUAAAAUCGCAACCAGAGGUAAGUCGUCUAGACUAGUGUUUGAAGCUAGAAAAUGUAUUAUGAAUUCAUCCACUGAAUCUAUUUUCAAUAGUUUUAAUGUUUUGUAUGUACGACGAUACUAAGACAUAUGGCUACUGCGGAAUCUCAACUAGCAGGAGAGUUUUUUUUACUAAUAUGAACAAUCAAUUAGCAAUACUUGCAUCCUUCCGU